AAAUUCUCCUUCUUUCUCUUUUUCGCCCUGCAUUUUGCGAGUUGCGGUCGAUUGAUUUGUAAUUUUUUACAAAAACAUACAACAAAAUGGAAAACGACGCCGGUGAGAAUGUCGAUUUGUAUGUGCCCCGCAAAUGCUCGGCAUCGAACAGAAUCAUCCACGCCAAGGACCAUGCCUCUGUCCAAUUGAGCAUCGUUGAUGUGGAUCCCGAAACUGGACGCCAAACCGACGGCUCAAAGACCUACGCCAUCUGCGGCGAGAUUCGUCGUAUGGGCGAGUCGGAUGAUUGUAUUGUCCGUCUGGCCAAGAAGGAUGGCCUUAUUACCAAGAACUUCUAAAUAUACUUUGAAUUGUCGGUAAUAAAGUGAAGUGAAUUCCUUUUAUAUUUAAAUUUUAAACACAAACAAUGUGUUUUUCUUUUGGAAUAAACGGAGUGGCUUUUUAAUGAUAGCUGAUCGAAUUAAAA